AUGGCCUCACCCAGACGUGUUGGGCUCGGACUGAGCACAAACCAGGCCUACGUCCCCGAACACGCCCUGUCCACAGCACCGGCAUCACCUGUCGACGACCAGGCUGGUGACGUCGUGCUGCCCAUGAAGGAGAACGUGACCACAGCUGAGAUGCUACCACCGCCAUUGAACAGUACCGUCAGCUCGCUACAAUACGAAGACGCCAUCCAGGAGACCAUCGUCACCACUAUCACCCGUACACGCACUUUACUACCACCGAUACUCACGCGUCCACCCGUCGAUCUUGCCGACCGUGACGCGAGACAAUAUGUCCUUGCUCAUGCACCCACGCCAGCACAUCUCAGAAGCGUCAAGAUUGAGCAGGAUGGACGAGUGGUCACGCUCGAGGAGGCAGCGGACCCCGCGGCUAAGGUGCGGGCGUACCAGGAGAAGCAGAGGAGGAUAAGAGAGCAUGGUGGCACUAUACGUGAAGCAGCAAGACGGGAUCGAGACUUUGACACUCCACUACGGCCAGCGCAGGCACAGAAUCGGCGAGUGCAGAGCGUGAGGGAAGGCAACGGCUUGAAGCGAAGUGCUACUCCCGUGACCGUUCAAGAUACUGCGGAACUCGGCAGUUACGAGCGGAAGAUCAAGAAGCCACGCUCCUCGCUGCAGAGAACGCAGUCAUCUAUGGGCGAGCACCAGUAUCUCAAUCAGCGAACCUCUGCGGGAACAUUUCAGCUGCCGACCAACUUCUUUUCGGCUUCACAUGGCGAGAGCUCUUCAACAGCACCUGCCACCAGGGAUGAAGACUCAAGAAGUCGACUGCGGAGGUCAGCCAUGUCGCGUGAGGACAUAGACGAAGGCGAAGAAGACGUACAAAUGGCGGACGAGGAUGCCGAAGAUGCCGAAGACGAUUCCCAGCUUGGCCCACCUAUGUACGGCAUGCAUAAGAAGAAACAGAAGCAACGUGAAUUCGAUGCCGUUUCGGGUGCUAGCAGGCUAUCCGGUACUUCGACACCUCCCACCGCAGAAGACGACGAGGUGGAAACAGGUCCACAACCUCACCAUCCUGAACGUCAACGUCCUCAACUACAAAAUAUCUUGACUAGCUCGCAGCAAGACGCCAGCCUGCCUAGUCCAAGCUUGUCGCCGAUAACAGCGGCGGCCAAUGCUGCUCGUGCACGUAACCAGUUCGAGGAGUCCUUUGCUAGCCACAAUGAUCUGGAAAAUGUCAGUGUCGUGUCGAAUCUGGACCUGGAUGAUGAGCGAAGGGCGGCUUUCACGGCUAACAGCCACAUGUCUGCACCCAACGGUAUGCAGCCACCACACGCUGCAGCUUCAGCACAGAGUCUGUCGGUCCGCGAUAUACCCAAAGUGGUCGAGUUCUUCGACAGUAUGCCCGACCAGCUGAAGACUUAUAUGAUGUACCAACUGCUUCGUCGUUGCGCGAAGCCUACUUUGCAGAUGGUCGCUGGUGUUGUCAACCCUGCGCUGAAGAGUGACCCAUUCUCUGUGCUGCCAAAGGAGCUGGUUCUCAACAUCACCCGCUUGCUCGAUGCGCAAAGCAUGUGCAGCGCAGCUCAAGUCUCACGAAAGUGGCGUAAGACGGUCAACGAAGAUGAGACAGCCUGGAAAGAUCUCCUCGACCGUGACGGAUACGUGCUGCCAAAAGACGAGCUCCGGAGAGCUGUAGAACAAGGCUGGGGCUGGCAGCAGCCUGGCGAGUUUGGUGCCGAAGAAGAUAUUCGCGAAUCGUCACGAACACAGACCCUCAGCGACGAUGAAGAGACUGCCUCUUCUAGCCGCUCCAAGAGAAAGCUGUCCGUGAAGAAAUCCAGAUCCCACCGCUCCAAGCCUCAGGCCGUCGAGCUAUGGCGUAGGAAGUUCAGAAAUGCUCAAGGUCCCGAAGGCUACGCGAACGCCGCCAUCGAAGCUCUACCACACCCCAGCGCAGGCCUCCCUUCGCUUCAAACCAUGCAUCUUUUCAAAUCACUAUAUCAACGUCAUUAUCUCAUUCGCAAAGCAUGGAUGAUGGAAGAAUCCCAGCCCCAGCACUUGGCCUUCAGAGCGCAUCAUCGUCAUGUGGUUACGUGCCUCUUGUUCGACAGUGACAAGAUCUUGACUGGGAGCGACGAUACGAAGAUAUGUGUCUACGAUACGAAGACCGGUGCGCUCCGAAGCAGGCUCGAAGGCCAUGAAGGUGGUGUCUGGGCACUACAGUAUGUUGGUGAUACGCUUGUCUCUGGCUCGACCGAUCGCAGUGUCAGAGUCUGGGAUAUCAAAAGCGGGAAGUGUUCGCAUGUCUUUCAGGGUCAUACGUCUACUGUGAGGUGUUUGGUCAUCUUGCAGCCUACGCAGGUUGAUACGGAUGCUGAUGGGAGGCCGAUUAUGAUGCCUACUGAGCCUCUUAUCAUCACUGGCUCUCGCGACUCGACACUUCGCGUGUGGAAGCUGCCCAAGCCAGGCGAUCCAAAAGUCACCCAUCACGCACCUCCCACCAACGAUCGAGACAACCCCUACUUCCUGCGCUGCCUCUCAGGCCACCAUAACUCGGUGCGUGCGAUAGCGGCCCACGGCGACCGUCUCGUCUCCGGAUCCUACGACUGCACGGUUCGGGUCUGGAAAAUCUCCAACGGCGACCUAAUCCACCGCCUCCAAGGCCACACCCAAAAAGUCUACUCCGUCGUCCUCGACCACGCCCGCGACCGCUGCAUCUCCGGCUCCAUGGACAACCUGGUCAAAGUCUGGGACCUGCAGACCGGCACCUGCCUCUUCAACCUCGAAGGCCAUACCUCUCUCGUCGGCCUCCUAGACCUCAGCCACGACCGCCUCGUAAGCGCAGCCGCAGACAGCACGCUCCGGAUCUGGGAUCCCGAGACGGGCGCCUGCAAAGCCACACUCUCGGCCCACACAGGCGCCAUCACCUGUUUCCAGCACGACGGCCAAAAAGUCAUUUCCGGCAGCGAUAGGACGCUUAAGAUGUGGAAUGCUCGGUCGGGCGACUGCGUGCGCGACCUCCUGACGGAACUUAGUGGGGUCUGGCAGGUGCGGUUCGAUGAGCGCCGGUGUGUGGCGGCGGUGCAGAGGAACAAUUAUACUUAUAUUGAGGUUUUGGACUUUGGGGCUUCGCGGGAUGGCGUGCCGAGGGAGGCGUUGGGGCGGAGGGUCUUUGUCGAUUCCAGGGGACGGGAGACGGUGGAGAUUGAUGCUGCGGCUGCGGUUGCUGCAGCUCAGGCGGAUGGGGUUGGUGAUGCUGCCGCCGCUUAG